AUGGCGACGUUCGUGCCCCUGGGCAAGGCCAAGUCCUUCGACAGCCGCGGCUUCGCGUCGUCCAAGAAGUUCGUGCCCCUGGCGGCGUCCGGCCGCGCCAACACGUUCACGGGCGACGAGGACUCGAUGACGUUCCUGCGGCGGCGGCUCACGCGCUUCAACGCGUCCUUCGAGGGCGAGGACGCGGCGGCGCGGCCGCGCGCGCGCGCGCGGUCCGCGGAGCGGAGCCGCGAGGUCGUCGCGGUCGUCGACGCGUUCUCGACGGGCGCGUGCGUCGCCGCCGAGGCCGCCGCGCGCGGCUACGGCAUAUUGCACGUGUUGUCGCUCGAGCCGUCCGACGAGCUCGCGGCGAUGGUGCCCGCGCACCUCCGCGGCGCGCUGCCCUGGGCGGGCGAGUUUUCGGUGGACACGGCGGCGCCGCUCGAGGCGGGCGCGGCGCGGCUCGCGUCGCAGCUCCGGGCCUUCUGCGCCGGCCGCGAGCUCGCGCUCGUCGGCGUCGUCGCGGGCGCGGAGACGGGCGUCAAGCUCGCGGACUGCCUCGGCGACGCCGUCGUCGCGGGCGCCUGGGCGCCGGGCGUCCGGAGCAACGGCGCCGCGGGCGUCGAGGCGCGGCGCAACAAGUGGGACAUGGGCGAGAAGGUCCGCGGCGCGGGCGUGCGCGCCGUGCGCCAGCUCCGGUCCACGGGCUGGGACGCGGACCUCGAGCGGUGGCUCCGCGACGACUGGCGCGUCGAUCCCGCGGACGCCGCGGCGCCCGUCGACUUGAUCGUCAAGCCGACGGAGUCCGCGGGCUCCGACGGCGUCACGGGCUGCAAGACCGUGGGCGAGGUGCGCGCGGCCGUGGGCGCGCUCGUCGGCGCGAUCAACGGCCUCGGCCAGAAGAACGAGGAGGUGCUCAUCCAGGAGUUCCUCCGGGGCGACGAGUACAUCGUCGACGCCGUGAGCCGCGACGGCGUCCACAAGGUCGUGGGCAUGUGGCUCUACGACCGCAAGCCGACGAACGGCGCGGGCUUCGUCUGCCACGGCCAGCGCUUCAUGGCCGCGGACGAGCCCGUCGUCGGCCUCCUCGUGGCCUACGCGGAGACCGUGCUCGACGCGCUCGAGUUCCGCCACGGGCCGUCCCACAUGGAGGUCAAGCUCGUGCCCGGCUCCGAAACGCCCUGCCUCGUCGAGGUCGGCGCGCGCUGCCACGGCGCCGAGGGCUUCUGGAUCUCCGUCGCCGACGAGUGCGCGGGCACGAACCAGGCGCGCGCCGCGCUCGACGCCUACGUCGACGCCGGCGCCUUCGCCGCGCUCGCGCCGCUCCCGCCGGCGCCCCUGCUCGCGUCGGGCACGAUCAAGUUCCUGCUGGUCCACGAGGACGGCACGCUCGACAAGAUCGACGACGCCGUCGUGCGGCGCAUCAAGGCGCUCGCGUCCUACCGCGGCUACGAGAUCUUCGUCGAGGCCGGCAAGAAGGUCGAGGCGACGCGGAACUGCUUCUCCUGGGGCGGCGUCGUCAAGCUGAACCACGCCGACCCCCAGCAGGUCCUCGACGACUACGCGUUCCUCGACGCGAUCUGCCUGCCCGGCGGCGGCCUCUGGACCAUCUCCGCCUGA